AUGGCACCGAAAGCGAAGAAGGAAGCUCCUGCUCCUCCCAAACCUGAAGCCAAAGUAAAGGCUCUGAAAGCCAAGAAGGCUGCGCUGAAAGGCACCCACAGCCACAAAAAGAAAAAGAUCUACUUCAAGGCUAACAAGCACCAGAUCAAACAGGCUGUGAAGAAACUCUAUGACAUUGAUGUGGCCAAAGUCAACAACCUGGUCAGGCCUUAUGGAGAGAAGAAGGCCUAUGUUCGGCUGGCUCCCAAUUAUGAUGCUUUGGAUGUUGCCAACAAAAUUGGGAUCAUCUAA